UGUGAUUGAAGAGAGAGCAGAGCGGCGGUAGCGACGAGACGACGGCCAUCUUAGAGCUGCCCUGGUAACCGACCGUCAUCUCCUGGAUUUAAUUUUUCUUGUUCAGUAUAAACGCUCUACCUGACUGACGAGGACCGAAGAAGGCUGUGUUUGACUUCCCCGCGGGUGAACUCGACGUCAGGAUGCGGUUCCGAGGGAAUAAACGACUUGCAUCCGCAGUCGGACUGGUCCUCGGACUAUUAUGUGCGGUGGAGGCAGCUAAAGUCAAUAAGCACAAACCAUGGAUCGAGACGACGUACCAUGGGAUUGUGACCGAGAAUGAUGACAAAGUUAUUCUGGACCCUCCUCUAAUUGCGCUGGACAAAGAUGCUCCAUUACGCUACGCAGAGAGUUUUGAGGUGACCCUCACUGAAGAAGGUGAGAUUUGUGGCUUCAGGAUCCACGGGCAGAACGUCCCCUUCGAGGCAGUGGUCCUGGACAAGUCCACUGGCGAGGGGGUCAUCAGGGCUAAGGAAAAGCUUGAUUGUGAGCUGCAGAAGGAGCACACCUUCACCAUCCAGGCCUAUGACUGUGGAGAGGGCCCUGAUGGUGCCAACAUGAAGAAAUCACACAAGGCGACCGUCCACAUCCAGGUGAACGACAUCAACGAGUACUCACCAGUGUUCAAGGAAAAGACAUACAAAGCCACCGUCAUCGAGGGGAAGAAGUAUGACAGCAUCCUGAAGGUGGAGGCGGUGGAUGCGGACUGCUCCUUCCAGUUCAGCCAAAUCUGCAGCUAUGAAAUUGUGACACCUGAUGUGCCGUUUACCAUCGACAAAGAUGGCUUUAUUAAGAACACAGAGAAGCUGACCAUUGGCAAGGAGCACAUGUACAAGUUGACCGUGACCGCCUACGACUGCGGAAAGAACCGAGCUUCUGAAGACGUGUUGGUCAAAAUCAGCAUAAAGCCCACCUGCAAACCCAGCUGGCAAGGCUUCAAUAAGAGGACUGAGUAUGAACCGGGCACAGGUAGCCUGGCCCUUUUUCCCAGCAUGCACUUGGAGACCUGCGAUGUGCCAAUCACCUCUGUCUGGGCCAGUAUUGAGCUGGAAACCAACCACAUCGGAAAGGGCUGUGACCGUGAUACCUACUCUGAGAAGUCUUUGCACAAGCUGUGUGGAGCCAGCACCGGCACCGUGGAGCUCCUUCCUGCACCAAGCAGCUCUGCUAACUGGACGGUAGGACUGCCUACAGAUAAUGGACACGAUAGCGACCAGGUAUUCGAGUUCAAUGGGACCCAGGCCAUCAAGGUGCCCGAUGGUUUGGUGAACACCAACCUGAAGGAGCCCUUCACCAUCUCUGUGUGGAUGAGACACGGACCCGGGUCCCACGAAAAGGAGACCGUCCUCUGCAACUCUGACAAAACAGAUAUGAAUAGACACCACUACUCCCUUUACGUCCACAACUGCAGGCUAAUCCUUCUCCUCCGCCAGGAUCCAUCGGAGGCAGAGAACUACAAACCAGCAGAGUUUCACUGGAAGCUUGACCAGGUGUGUGACAAAGAAUGGCAUCAUUAUAUGCUCAAUGUGGAGUUCCCCACUGUUUCCCUGUUUGUGGAUGGGACUGCCUUUGAGCCCUUCAUGGUCACAGAGGACUACCCACUGCACCCUUCUAAAAUUGAGACUCAACUCACAAUUGGUGCCUGCUGGCAAGAAAACUCAGGACAUGACAAUGACACUGAGACAGGCCCUGAGACCACCUCAGGCGGAAAUGCCCGAAUGGCUCAGUUUUUCCGAGGGAACCUUGCAGGCCUGAUCAUCCGCUCCGGCAAGCUGGAGAACAAGAAGGUGAUCGACUGUUUGUACACCUGCAAAGAAGGACUGGAUGUGCAGCUGCCUGAGGAAGUAGCUUCAGCUGUGAAGGUUGAUUUCAACCCCAACCAGUCCUCUCUGACUGUGGAAGGUGACGACAUUGGUGCCUUUGAUAAAGUCAUGCAGCACAUCUCCUACCUAAACUCCCGCCAGUUCCCAACACCAGGCAUCAGGCACCUUCGCAUCUCCACCACUGUCAAAUGUUUGAACGAGGACGCCUGCGUGGCAGUUCCAGACGCUGAAGGUUAUGUGAUGGUGCUGCAGCCCGAGGAGCCGAAGAUCAGCCUGAGCGGCAUCGACCACUUCGCUCGCAGCGCUGCUGAAUUCGAGAGCCAGGAAGGAGUGACUCUGUUCCCCGAGCUUCGCAUCGUAAGCACCAUCACCCGUGAAAUGGAGGCCGACGCAGAGUCUGAAGCAGCGGAAGGCACUGAUGAUGACCCCACAGUUCAAGAGACAGUUGUGUCGGAGGAGAUCAUGCACAACUUGGACUCGUGUGAAGUCUCUGUGGUGGGAGAUGAGCUAGACAGCGAGCAUGAGAGCCUGGAGGUGGACGUUUCACAGCUGCAGCAGCGUGCCUUGGAGAUGAGCUCCUCUAACCUGGGCCUCGUCAUAACUGGUGUGAACACUAUGGCCAACUACGAGCAGGUCCUGCACCUUAUCCGCUACAAGAACUGGCACACCGAAGCUCUCUUUGACCGGAAAUUCAAACUAGUCUGCUCUGAGCUCAACGGUCGCUACAUUAGCAAUGACUUCAAGGUUGAGGUAAAUGUGAUCCACACAGCCAGUCCUGUAGAGCACGCCAACAACGCCAUGGUGCAGCCCAACUUCAUCAACCCUGUCCAUCAUGCCUCUGUGGAUCUGUCUGGACACAACUUGGUCAACGCUCACCAGGCUUCAGUGGUUCCCAGUGCUGCCACCAUUGUCAUUGUUGUGUGCGUAAGCUUCCUGGUGUUCAUGAUAAUCCUGGGCGUGUUCCGCAUCCGAGCUGCACACCAGCGCUCCAUGAGAGACCAGGAGAGCGGCAAGGAGAACGAGAUGGACUGGGACGACUCAGCCCUCACCAUCACAGUUAACCCCAUGGAGACAUACGAGGACCAGCACAGCAGCGAGGAGGAGGAGGAAGAGGAGGAGGAGAGCGAGGAUGGGGAGGAGGAAGACGACAUCACGAGCGCUGAGUCAGAGAGCAGCGAAGACGAAGAGGGCGGGGAGCCAGAAGACCAGCAGGGGACCAGCAGACAGCAGCAGUUGGAGUGGGAUGACUCCACCCUCACCUACUGAGACACGCCAAGCCCCACACAUGCUCUGACACACACACUCACAUACCCAAACCACAGUCACCGCUUUUCGCAACCCUCCAUACAGGUUCAUGUCUAGGAGCCAUGCUAUAAAAAACACAACAAAAAAAGUUUUAAAAAGUCUUUCAGCGUAUAUGGUCAAGGCUUUCCUGUUGUUAUCUUCGUGGUGGUACUCAGUGUAGUGUAGUCAUCACCAGAUUGCUGAUUUUUUUCUUUUGGUUUUUAUUUAUUAUACUUUUGAUUCCUUUGGUAACUUGGCCUACAUUUCUUCUGGAGUGUGCGUGGAAGCCAGUCCUGCUCCUUCUGUUCUCAGUCAGGCUUUCAUGAGGAGAUUCAUUUAGAUUUCCUGAUGUAUAUCCUUUGGCUAACGCUUUAAGGAUCGCUUGCAGCUGACUUUUAGUUUUCUCGGAUUGUAGUCCACAGUGGAGCAAUUUUAACAACGUAGCUUGCAAUCUCUUUCUUUUUAUUUUCCUUGUUUAAGUGCAUGAGGAAACGUGGGAAGUCUUACGUGGAGAGAAACGAAUUGCUUUUUAAAGAUUUUUUGUAAAUAUGAAAACAACAAUGUAAUUAGUCGAUGUGUUAGUGAAAGCCCGCUCAGCAGGGUCCGAUAUCUUUAAAAAAACUGCAGCAAAAAAAAAUAGACGCAGUAUGUAAUGUAGAAUAUUUGUGUCACCACAGGCUGUAGCAUGCCGCUGAAUUUCUGCUGAAGCUGGUCCAUCGUGUUUUUCUAAGCCUGCCUCUUGAUGAGAAACCCAGGACUGUUACGCGGAGGUUUCCAUGACAGCGUGGUGUCCGUUUUGUCUUCUUUUUUUAAUCAUUUCCUGCAAAGAGUGAAAUCGGUUGUUUUGCUUUUCUCCUGAGCAGAUUGGCUCGACAGUUUUAGCUCCGUUACUGUCGAGGAGUGAAGGCGCCGCAAUCCAAAAAAUAAAUCAUUUGUCAAAUAAUAUUUAUGUAUGAUACUUACUUAUCUAAUUACAGAAUUGAAUGUGAAAAUGAUUCAUUUUGAACUUGAAACCUUAUUAUAUGUUAGAAUCCUAGGCAGUUAUUUUUUUAGCUUAGAUUUCCUGCCAUCAUGAAAUAACUCAAGUCUGUUGUUGUCAAGGAGACCCUAACAUCUGAUUGGCUAGCCUGCACCACAGUUUAACCCUUUAAAGCCUGAUAUAUGAAAUAAACAUCAGAAAAUUCAGUAUUUUUAAAGUUGUACUGCCUAUCUUGAUGCUUUUACCAAAAAAUAUCUAAAUGUCAUUUGGAUUUCACAAUAUUUUUGUGUCAUAACUGAUACAUUAGCGGUUAUUGGUAAUGUAUUGAUCAAUUUGAUUUAUUCGUUUUUGCUGAACAUGAUUUUCCCAACCAAAAAGAUAUUGAUUUGUUGCCUUAAAAACAAAUGGCAGAAAUUCACCAGAAAAACAUCCAAGUCAAUGAUACAUUUACCUGAACACCUUAAAAUAAAUAAAGAUGAUGUGGAUUUGUCUAUUUCUUUGUAUCAUAAUUGAUACAUUAGUCAUUUAUGGUUGUAUAUUUCUCAUAUUCUCCCAACCAAAGUGAUCUGGAUGGUAUGCCUUUUUAAACAAUUGAGACAAAUCAACAAAAAUAAAACCCAACUACAACAACUAAAGCUCUAAAAUAUACCUGAAAACCUCUAGUAUCACAGCUGAUACAUUUUCGCCACAGUUUUGUUUCCAUUUUGGAUUUAAAUUUUCCAUCAAGAGUAGAAAACAAGAAGAUUUGAUUUGAUGCUUUCGUGAAAAAUAUCAGCUCUAUCGAAGAGGUAAACUUGUCUCAAGAAUGUAACGUUUGCUGUCUUGGGGUUACUCCAAGACGUCUGUAUAACAGCAUUAGCUCCGGCUACCGAUUUUUAAGGGUAAGACUGGCGGAUAUACAGUGUGCUGCAAUACAGGGCUUUGAAAUGUUUAAAUAAAUACAGAAAUAAUUUAGAUUUUUAACAUAUAAUGAAUUUCAAAUGUUAAUUAACCAUUUCCACAUUUAAUUUUGUGUUUUAUUUUUCAUUGAAAGAUUUAAAUAAUUACAGCUACAUCUGUUUCUUUGUCCAGUAUCAGUGUAUUGAUCACAUAGAUAUUUAUUCAUUGAAUUGUGGCAUUUUUGGCCCUCCAUUCAUCACGCUCUUUGCUUUGCUUUGCACAUGUGGCAAUGCUCGACUCCUGGUGUUCACGUUGUUUUGUUCCCAGUAGAGCUCGCUGUUGUACAGAACGUACCUUCUUCUUAUGUUCCUGAUCAGUUACACUAUUUUUCACUACAUUUGGUACUUUAUAAACUGCAGGAAAGCAAGGCUGCAAGCUUUUAAAAACAUAGGUACUGAACUUCCUGCCAGUGGAUUUGGACAAGCAGAGAUUCGCUCAGCAGCUUUAAAGCUGUUCUCUCUCAGUCCUGAAGGAAAAAGCUAUGAAAACCCUUUUAAUCCCCUGAGGUUUUGCGGGGCCUGGUUGAGUUGUUAUGGGGGAGCAAAGUGAAUUUCUGCUUAAAAUCAUCAAUGAUAUAUUUGAUGCAUUUUAACUUGUUUUCCUGCUCCAAAUGCACCACAGACUUUGACUGUAUUUUAGCAGGAAAACGCGUUAAAAAUAACUUGUUUUCAUCGUCUUUUUUUCACAGUAGACCACUAGAUUUUAUUGUGCAUGGAACCAAACUGGUAGAGUUGUUCCAGGAUACUUGUUUACAUUUGGUAAACCUAUUUUCCUGCUGGAGUUAGUAUAAAGCUCAUACAAUCGAUUGGGAAAACGUGUCCAGCCUGUCUGCUCUCAGACACUGCUGUCCAUCACUGUUGAUUGGGACACUGCAUGGUGCAGAAGCGGCUGGAUUUUGGCUUUUUUUUUUUUUUUUCAUAUUUUGCAUGAGAGUCUGUUUUCAGAGAUUGUCUUUAUGGGGACAGACCUUCUUUUAAAGGGUUGAUUUUUAUCCCUAGUUAAUUGCUAAUUAACGACCAGUCUCCCUUCCAUGGUGACACGUAAAGCGUGGGGCCAGGUCUGAGCCAGCUGAGGUCGGAGUGCCUUUUCACCAAUCAUUGCAGAAUUAGCAGGUCUAACACUUACCCACGCUCUUUUAUUUGUGGCAUUUUUUUUAUUAUUUGAAGCUAGAUUUUCUAACAAAGCUGAGAUGGGGGUUUGUUUUUUUUUUUCAGCUUGUAGUGAUAGUGGUCCACCACUAGUUUUAUUGAAAGUACAAACAUUCUACAUAGAUGUCAUGUGUCCUUGUUGAUGUGUAGAGAAAGUAGAUCCAUAUUGUAUCUUCUAUAGAUAUUGUACUGAAUCCACCUUUAAAUGAUGUACAGUACAUAAAGAAAUUGCUUUGGCAGCGGUCGGUGUACAGUGGAAGGUGAUCGUUUUUAUUUUAACAGUGUCCUAUUGCUCGAAGUCUUGAGAAGUGAUUCUGAGGACAGCUUGAAAUUCACACAAUUACAGUAACCCCUGCCAGCUCGAACAUUUUCACAUCUUCAUGUCAAACAAUUCCAAGUCCAGUUUCAAGGUCAGUAAUGCUUUAACACAAGUCGCUACAAUGACUCCAACCCCUUGAGCCAAGUAACUUCUUACCAGAAAAUGCAGCCGAACCGUAACGCCACUACUAGGAAUCAACUUUGCAUGAGCCACAUGUUCGUGAAUGUCCCAUGUGGGGUUGAGACAGAGACAGGAAAAGGAGCUGUGAUGCACUACUGAUUCUGAAGAUUGUCUAUCACACAUCGAUCACACUCCAAAUCCAGAUGAUUAUUUUCUCUUUAUUGGUUCCUCUAAAAUGUUGCUCAAAUGGAUGAACAGUUGAGGUGUCUGCAGAAAUGUUGGAUGCUUCCUUUGUGCUUGUUGGAGCUGCUCUUACUUUCCUACCAGUCUGAUGGCAGAUUGUAGCAAAGUUGAUGCUUGCUCUUGAACAAAAUAAAGGAUGAUGGGAUAUAAA